AUGGACAGAAUAAAAAAAUUGGUAAACAAAAGAAUCAUCAAAGAAGAGGAUAUGAGCAAAUGCUUGGAAUGUUUUUUAGUUUGUAGGGAUGAGUUAAUCAAGCGAGUCGUCCUUCUACGUUCUCUUUCCGAGAUAAUGAUGAAGUUUGAUAAAAUAUUGAACAUGGAAAUAAAACAGACCAUAAAUAUCGCUAACGGAAACAUACUUGGUGAAAAACGUAACGUGAAAUGUGAAAACAAACUGAAACUGGCUAAUAAUAAAUUGAAUAUGGCAGAGAAUUUGCAAAUUGGAGAUGAUCUCGUAGAGCUAGAUAAUCACGAUGUAGAUUUUGAUAAUAAUGAUAUUAUUGAUGAGUAUACUGUAAACGGUGAUGUGAGCGCUACUAUCACAUGUGAAACGCACAGCAACAGGUUAUUCAAGAGAAUCAGGAUGAACCUACAAGUAGAUACGUUCAGAGGUUCGUGUAUUCUUCGUAUGAUAACAAAUAAGAUAUUUGAAACAUUAAAGAAGGCUCAAAGUUUUAACGGAAUUGAAGAGAUGAGAGACGAUGGCACGUACGAAUUGGUUGAAAAUUUUGAGUCUUUUGAAGGUACGCAUCUAUUCUCAUCUUCAUCAUUGAACUCAAACAUUGUCACCGAACUUGAAUCGUUGAAUAUUUUUUGUUUUAAUGAAAAAGUAUGUGGAACAGAUCGAGAAUCAAAAGCGAUGGCCUUCUGCAAAUUAUUAGAGUUACUUACGCACAACAAAGUAACAGUGGAACAGGUCGAUUGCUACGCUAACAUUUAUGUAUAUGCCCAGUAA